AUGGAUCGCAAUCCGUCUCCUCCGCUGCGUACCCGGGAGGAGGAGGAGGAUGAGAAGGUGGCCAUUGGUGACUGCAUAGGCGACACUGUCUACAGCAAGCACUGGCUCUUCGGGGUCCUCAGCGAACUCCUCCAGAUUAGUAAUCCUGAAAACACCAAAUCCAGCUCAGAUGAUGAACAGCAGCAGUUGGAGCUUGAUGAAAAAUUGGAGAAUGAAAUUUGCAGAGUGUGGGACAUGUCAAUGGAUGAGGAUGUGGCUUUAUUUCUCCAAGAAUUUAAUGCUCCUGAUAUAUUUAUGGGAGUUUUGGCAAAAUCCAAAUGUCCUCGAUUAAGAGAAAUCUGUGUGGGGAUUUUAGGCAACAUGGCUUGUUUCCAGGAGAUAUGUGUAUCUAUUAGCAAUGACAGAAAUCUUGGACAGAUAUUAUUGCACUGUUUGUAUGAUUCAGACCCUCCUACUCUGCUGGAAAUAAACAGGUUGUUGUUUACUUGCCUUUCCCAGACAGAAGUGGCCAAUGUCUGGGUUGAAAGAAUACGAGAAUAUCCAGCUAUUUAUGAUAGCAUUUGCUUCAUCAUGUCAAGUUCAACAAAUGUUGACUUGCUGGUUAAGGUGGGGGAGGUUGUAGAUAAACUCUUUGAUUUGGAUGAGAAACUAAUGUUGGAAUGGAUUAAAAAUGGGACAGCCCCGGCUGUGGAUCAACCUAAGCAAGAUUCUGAAGAGGAGUCAACGUUUAGGAUUGUGCCGUCUGUGCUCGAAGCUGCCAAACAAGUACGUUCUGAAAAUCUAGACGGGCUGGAUGUCUACAUGCAUAUCUUACAACUACUUACCACAGUGGAUGAUGGAAUCCAAGCAAUUAUACAGUGCCCUGACGCUGGAAAAGACACUUGGAAUUUACUUUUUGACCUAGUAUGCCAUGAAUUUUGCCAGUCUGAUGAUCCACCCAUCAUUCUUCAAGAACAGAAGACUGUGCUAGCCUCUGUUUUUUCAGUAAUGUCUACCAUCUAUGCUUCCCAGAGUGAACAGGAGUAUCUAAAGACAGAAAACGUAGAUCAUCUUCUAAUUGACAGCCUGACUCGGGUCUUAAAAAAUAUAGAACAUUGUCAGAAGAAAUCACAGAACUUGGCAAUUUCUAGCACAGAUGAGACUAAGAAGUCUGACUCAGUGGGAGAUGACUUGCAUUUGAAAAUAUUGAAAGAUAUUUCUUGUGAAUUCCUUUCUAAUAUUUUCCAGGCAUUAACAAAGGAGACUGUAGCUCAGGCAUUAAAGGACGGCCAUUUAAGUAAACAGAAGUGUUUCUGUGUGUUUCAGAACCUUCUUCCUUUGUACAGCCCUGUGGUGAGUAUGGCUAAAUGUAUUGAUGGCUCAGUAAAGGAUUACUAA